ACUAUCCAUAUGCCCUGUCAGGACCCUCAUCAUCCAUACGACCCUGUAUUGCUAAAUCUCCCCCUUUAAGAUUCAGUAUUGCCUUUAUAUUUAACAACACAUAGUAACAAACCCUCAGCUGUGUACACAGGCCAAGUGUUCGGCCUCUGAAUGAAUACAACAUUGCCAUUCACUGACAGCAAGCAGAAGUCUUGGUAAAGAAGUGUAACAUGAAGCGCCUGAUAAUAAGAAACCUGCAGGAGCUGAGGGGGGUGGAGGCCGCCAUGUUGUGGGGCUGAGCGCCCUCUAGUGAGCAGUGACGGGGCUGCAGGACGACAUAAGAAGAAACCCGCGAAGGGCUGACUGAAGCCUCCCUGCAGCCGGCUCCCAGAUCUUCGCCGAAGAAUGCCGCUGGUGGUGAGCUGGCCGUUCCCUGUCAAGUCGCGCGGUUUUCGCCAUGUUACCAGUACGGUGAUCACUGGGCUGGUGGGCUCGUACAGCUGGGUGUGGACCAAGUACAUGAACAGUCUGCGGGUGCACAACAAGGAGGUCUUAUACGAGCUGGUUGAGAAGCGGCAGCCGGGCACGCCGCUCAUCACCAUCUGUAACCACCAGUCCUGCAUGGACGACCCUCACCUGUGGGGUAUUCUAAAGUUUAGGCACCUGUGGAACCUGAAGACGAUGAGAUGGACCCCCACUGCUGCCGAUAUAUGCUUUACAAAAGAGAUGCACUCCUGGUUCUUCAGUAUGGGCAAGUGUGUGCCGGUGUGCCGAGGGGACGGAGUAUACCAGAAAGGAAUGGACUUCAUCGUGGAGCGGCUGAACGAUGGAGAAUGGGUGCACAUGUUUCCGGAAGGGAAAGUUAACAUGACCCAAGACUUUAUGAGGCUGAAGUGGGGCAUCGGACGUGUAAUAUCUGAGUGCACGCUGCAUCCCAUCAUCCUCCCCCUCUGGCACGUCGGAAUGAACGAUGUGCUUCCAAAUGAUCCACCGUAUGUGCCGCGAUGGGGACAGAAGAUCACGGUGCUGGUUGGGAGCCCGUUCAGCACGGCGUCUGUGGUGGAGAAGUUGAGAGCUGAGCACCGGACGCCGAGGGAGAUGAGGAAAGCAAUCACGGAUUACAUCCAGGAGGAGUUUCGUCAGCUGAAGUCGCAGGCAGAGAACCUGCACCAAAGCUUUAAAGAGCAGAGGUGACGAGAAGCCACCAAAGAGUAGACCUGCCGACGACGGCCACACACCAGAUGCCUUCCUAUGUAUUAUUUGUUUUUAAUCCAUCCGGAGCGCCGGGCACAGGCCAGUGAGGAGUCGGAGCGCGAUUCCCCCCCCCCCCCCCCCAUCAGGUUAUUACUUACAUUGGCGUCUACGCCAUAAACUGCUGCUGGAUCACAUGAAGGUGACGACAGAUGAAGUUACAUGGAGCAGCACAGUGAGGAUACAGGACUACUGAGCCCAAUAUCCUUUGACCUGUGCUGGGUCUUGAUGAUUUUAACCAUUUUUAAGCUGGAGAAGGUCUGCAUUAUGAUUUCAAGUCUUUUUAAUAAUGUCUCAAGGGGUUGUCGGCACCCAUUGCACUGCUCGUCCCAUCCCUGGAUUCUUCUUUUUUGUGCAGCCUUUUAUUUAUUGUACUGAUAUGGGCCAUACGCGUGCUGCAGGAAUGCACGAUGGCUGCCGAGACUGUUUUAUACUGUCCGUUUUUUCCAUAGCGGUCUUUCCAAUAAAGAUGACAUUUCUCUUUUUC